AUGUCGUUAAACCUACACCAAGUUGAUCCUAAAGUUCACGCCUCUCCAACAUCCAACGAUGGAAUUAAGCCAUUCGAUCAAAUACCGGGAUCAGAUACUACAUCACUGCGAAAUAUAAUAUUCGCGAUACGCAAUUUUAAGUACAUGACACAGAAAGCGCAUCUUGCUAUAAGAGAUAUGUUUCAAGCUAGCGGGCCCAUCGUGAAAAGUAAUUUUGGUGGAACUGAAUUCGUUCUGGUAUCCGAUCCUAAAGAUAUUGAACGUGCUUAUCGAGCCGAGGGAAAAUAUCCUAGAAGGUUCGAUAUUGGUCCUUGGUCAUAUUACAGAGAAGAAAGGAAAUUACCAUUGGGUGUACUAUUAGCGAAUGACGAGGAAUGGAAAGAAACUCGUAGCGCCGUCGAUAAGAGAUUGCUCAAAUUGAAGGAUGUCCAAAGCUACGCUAAAACUAUGAAUCAAGUUAUCGAUGAUUUCAUUAAUUAUUUACUGCAUAUAAGAGGUAAACACGGCGUCGAUAAUGAGAUUCUCGGUUUUGAAAGCCAAACGUUUAGAUGGUCGUUAGAAACCGUUCUAAGUAUAAUAUUCGAUAAACGAAUUGGUUGCCUCGACUAUCCGCCUAGCCAACGCGGUGAAGCAUUCUAUAAAGCUCUGACGAAUAUGAUGGAAAAAAGUGCAUCAUUGCUUAUCUUUCCUCCUUAUUAUAAGUACAUAAAGACACGCUUCUGGAAAGAAUUUUGUAGCCAUUGGGAUACUAUGUAUGAAAUAGGUCUACAAAUUAUCCAAGAAAGAAAGGAAGAAUUAAAAUCUAUGGAUACAAACAUCAACGACGAUGAUAAUGUCGAUUUCUUAACCGAUGUAUUACGUCGAAGUAAUUUAUCGGACGUACAAUUAAAUAUAACACUAUUAGAACUAAUGAUAGGAGCCUCUGAUACGUAUCCGGAAGCCCAAGAAAAGCUUUACCAAGAGAUUUCACAAGUAUUAAAAGACGGAGAAGAACCAGAUGCCGUAACCGUACAUAACGCACCAUAUUUAAGAGCCUGUAUCAAAGAAUCGAUGAGGCUGUAUCCGGUACUCAUUAAUCUGUCUAGAAUAGUAAAAGAAGAUGUGGUAUUAAGUGGUUAUCAUGUUCCUGCUAAUACGCCAGUUAUUACUAAUAUAUACGAACCAUUUCAUAAUGAAUCAAUUUACCCGGAACCCGAAAUAUUUAAACCUGAACGUUGGAUAAAAGGAACCCACCCAGAAAGUAUCGGAAGAGCUGGAUUUAAGUUUCUUCCAUUCGGUUUUGGACCUCGAAUGUGUAUUGGACGACGUAUUGCAGAACUAGAGAUGCAUCUUCUACUGGCUAAGACGACAGUUAUAGCUUGCCUGUAUGAGGUGUUUCGCAAUGAGUCAAUUUAUCCGGAACCCGAGAUAUUUAAACCUGAACGCUGGAUAAAAGGAAUCCACCUAGAAAGUGUCGGAAGGGUUGGAUUUAAGUUUGUUCCAUUCGAUUUUGGACCUCGAAUGUGUAUUGGCCGACGUAUUGCAGAGCUGGAGAUGCACCUUCUACUAGCUAAGGUUUGUCAUCGGCUGCAGCAGCCUUCAUGA